CACCAUACCAUCUACUCAAUUCUAUCAAUUUUUGCAGCGAAUUACGUUUCUUUUAGCUAGAGGAGAUGUCUCAACCACAGCUCCACACAAUCGAUUUCUUGGGAAUUGCAAGUGAUCAGAAUAGCACCCCUCAAUUGGAUUCCGCCAUGGAUUGCCACCAACAAAUUCUGCACAGGCGAUCGAUGCAGUCAUGCCUGGGAAAGAUAAGACCUCAUAUGCUGCAACAAGUGCUCUCACACGGAUGUUUCAGCGAUUCAGAAAAAUUUCAGAGACAAAGUUAUAUUGGGGUUUCUGAAGGAAUUAAGACCCUGGAUCUAUUUCCGCAGCAUUCUCUAGGGUUUCAAUCCAACUGUAAAAAGGACGACAGCCAAUCGGCUUUGCUGGAUAGAGAAAUUCACGAAAUAUCUGAAGCUACUACAACCAAUCGAACAUCGUCUGCCCAACUAACGAUUUUUUACAAUGGAGCAGUGAAAGUGUAUGAUCACGUUUCUUCCAGAAAAGCUGAGGCUAUAAUCAUGCUGGCCUUCGCUAAUGAAGAUGCUCUGCCUUCGACCACUGCUUCAAAUUGUCUAAGGAAAAAAAGUGACUCAAAUUCAGAAGAAUCCACAGGAGGGGUAAAGCAAAGCCACGCUGUUGAAACUUCAAAUUCCAAUCUUCCAAUAGCGAAUAAGUUAUCCCUUCAAAGAUUUCUUCAAAAACGGAAGGACAGAAUGAGCAGAGUCAUUCCUUACACAACGACAGCAAAGGUUUAGUUGUAAAUGGGAAAGAGAUUUGUUAUGGGGAAGAAAGUUCGAGGAAGUGGAGAUGGUCCCGACAAUCCAAAUGUUCCACCACACGAUUCCCAUAAUUUUUGGUCAUUUAAUCUGAUUACAGUUUUUUUUUUCAAAUACAAGUCUUCUCGAUGCUCGAGAAGAUCACAUGUUCAAUUUACAAGAUACAUUGUAUCCGAUUCUUAAGCUGACUCGGUCAAAUUUUAUUUUAUAAUUCAUAUACACUAAAUUAUUUCGUUUGGUCAA